AUGGCUAAGCAGCUCCCAUAUCUCAAGAACCAUCCCAGUAUGAUUUUCUUCACUGAUUUUGAUGGAACGAUCACAUUACAAGAUACCAAUGACUACUUGGUUGAUAACCUUGGUUUCGGGGUCGAAAAACGUGAAAUUCUGGAGCAGGAACUUCUUAACGGUAAUAUAACAUUCAGGGAUUCUUUUCAGGCCAUGCUUGAUAGCGUGCGAGCUCCGUUUGACCAAUGUCUUCAAGCUCUCCAAGACAAUAUUCAGUUCGAUCAUCAGUUUACUACCUUUUACCACUGGGCCAAAAAGCAAAACAUCCCCAUAGUUGUGCUAUCCUCUGGAAUGACACCGAUUAUAAAAGCACUACUGGAGAACCUACUGGGAAGCCCGCUGGAAAAUAUUUUCCUGGUGGCCAAUGACAUUCAGCCUCGUUAA